AUGAGCGCAGGAAGCAGCGGUCAGAGGUGAGAGUUGACGCCAGUGAAAACAUGGUUGAACACGGGGAUAUCCGCGUGGUUCACCGAGGUGGCAGUAAAAUAGACUUCAGACAGCCUGUCAUCACAAAUGAUUCAAGGUUCCUGCUGUGCACCUCAGGAGACUGUGUGAAGGUUUUCAGCACCUCCACAGAGGAGUGUAUCCACGACCUGCAGGGACACACUGACCUGGUGACAGGUGUGCUGCUCAGACCCUCCAACCAUCUGCAGGUCUACUCCUGCUCAAUAGAUGGCACUGUCAGACUUUGGGACUUCACAGACGGCAUUCUCAUCAAGACUUAUGUCAUCGGAUGUCCUAUUUACUCCAUCUACGCAUCUGCAAACCAUGAAGGAGUCAUCUUUAUCGUUGUCCCCAUGCUUAGUGACAAAAGAUCUGAGUUGUUCCAGCUGGUUGCGGUGCAUCUGCCUCAGAGUGGAGAUCAGCUGGUGGAGUCCCGAGAACUUUCUGCUGUGCUCAGCAGUGUCAGCUCCAACCCUGCAGACAUCGCCUUCGGUAGAGGGGGGGAAUAUAUUGCUUCAGCUAAAGGUUUCCAGUUGAAAGUCUUCUUCUUCAAGAAGCAGAAGUCAUAUGAGUUUUCCCUUAAAGAGGACAACAAGAAGGGAGGCCUGAAUACGUUCACGUGCGUAGCCUGUCACCCGAAAGAUGACUGCAUUGCCACGGGGCAUGCGGAUGGCAAGAUUCGCCUGUGGAGAAACUUUAACCAUAAGAAGGAGUACACAUAUUCCACCCUGCACUGGCACCACAACGCUGUGAGCUCACUGUGCUUCACUCCAGAAGGCACCAACCUGCUGAGUGGAGGUGUGGAGUCGGUGCUGGUCCAGUGGCGUUACAACCAAGAGAGUCAGCGGGACUUCCUGCCCCGCUUGGGUGCUGCCAUCACACACAUUGCUGUCUCACCUGAUGGAGCGCUGUUCUGUACCUCACACAGUGACAACAAGAUCACAAUCAUCCAGAGCUGUGUUAAAGUGUCAGCUGUCAUUCAGGGCCUGGUCAAAGGAGAAAAUGUCCAGACAGACUUGAUUGUGGACCCACGCAGCAAAGCUUUGGUGCUGAAUGGGAAACCAGGACACCUACAGUUCUACUCCCUUCAACGAGACAAACUGCUUUACAAUCUGGACAUAGUGCAGCAGGAGUACAUUCAUGAACUGGGCCUGGAGCAGUUUGAGGUUGUCAAAGCAGCAUUCGAUGCCUCCGGCACCUGGCUAGCAACCGUAGAAGAACGAAAGCAAAAAUCUGCUGAGCUAGAGGUUAACUUGAAACUGUGGGCAUUUGAUGAACAAACGCAGAGUUUUGUGCUGAACACGACCAUCUCAGCGCCCCACGAGGCCAGGAUUACAGCCAUGUGCUUUCGCCAAGCCACUGACAGCCAGACCACCAUGCUGGUCUCCACCAGCAAGGACGGACAUUUCAAAGCCUGGCAGCUGGCCACACCAGCCCACACAGAGGAUGAAGGUCCCUCCUGGUCGUGUGAUUUCGUCGGAACCUAUCACGGCCUGGUGCCUGAAUGCUGCUGUUUCUCAGCCGACAGCUCUCUGUUGGCCGUCAGCUUUCAGGAGGUGGUGACUGUGUGGAGCUCUACCUCCUGGGAGCUUCUGACUACUCUGUCCCAGCCGCCAGGAGCCAUCAGGGAUCUUUGUUUUGGCCGACUAAGCUGUUCUAAGUAUCUGCUGGGAACCACCACCAAAAAUCUGCUUUGCUGUUGGAACCUUCUCACCUGCUCCUUGGAGUGGAGCACCUCCAUGGACAUCAGCCUGCUGCUAGCUGACCCCCUCUCUGAGAACAUGGCAGCCUUCUGCUGUCAAGCUGGAUGCACCGACUUGUUUGUGUUCAAGCCCAGUGAGCCUCGGCCCCUGUUUUCCCAUAAGGCCGUGUGCUCAGGCACCGUAACUCGUGCUGUCUUUGCCCCGAGAGAGAAGAUGCUGGAUAGCUGUGAAGAGAACGGCCAAUGGCUCAACCGCUCUCAGCUUCACUUUCUUACACAGUACAUGGACCUCAUGACAUUCACCACCAAAGCAGAGGAUGACAGGCUCAUGGCUUCCAGCAAACAGCUUGUGAUUGAUGACAGUGUAGCCAUGACACCAUUCUACUUGUUGCUGGGGAAACACCGGCAUCAGCAACAGCAAAAUGAAGAUCCAGUGAGCAGCCUGUCAGCUGAGAGAACAGCUUUACCACAGAGCUCUGUGGCUAUCAAAGAGCUUCUGCAGACUCCAGCCCACGUCCUUCCCUCUACUUCGUUCCUCUGCUCCAUGUUUGUGCAGUCUCUGCUCAUCUCUGUCACAGACCCCAGGGAAAACAACAAAAAGGCAGAGGAGGAAGUGGAAAGUGAGAAAGAGGAAGAGGAUUCAGAGGAGGAAAUGGAAUCGGGGAUCGUGAGGCCGGACCAGGCGGCAGUGAGUGUCCAGGCAGCAGAAUCUGCUGCCCCCACCCCCACCCUAACGAAAGCCCAGGUUAGAGAGCUGAGGAGGCUGAAGAAACUUGACCACAGCUGGCUAGCAGGCCUCCUGGACUCCUGAACACGACCAUGUGCAGCAACAGACUCUCACACAGACAGUCCCUAUAGAGGGUUUUCACCAGCCACUGGGAAGUUUUCUUUAUGUUAUUGCUUUAUGAAUUAUCACAAAGUGGAUUGCUUCUGGAAAGAAAAACACAGUGCCCAGGCUGUGUGUAAAGACAAGAUAAAUAUUUGAUUGUAUAAGUAUCUGCUGCUUUGGCAGCUGUUGGUCAUUGUGGACAUAUCUGUUGGUUUUACCCUCCUGAAGGAUAGAAGUUUCUGCUACGUUUCUUGUGUUUAAAACUGCUGGUUCUCUGUUGUAGAGAAAUUGUGUUACAGAAGCAGUUUUUUUGGGGGGGGCUAAAUUCUGGGCUGUGUUAGGGUAUGAGGACUCAACUACACCAGAAUAUGACCCUUUCUAAGUCUUUUGUUGCAUUUCAUUGAUCACAAGUGAUCACAUGCAAACAUGAGCUCUGUUGCAAAUUUAACCACAGAAGUUUUAGUCUUUGUGAGAUAUGACCUUGCCACUCUUUACAAUCCGUGCAUUUGCAGUCUCUCAUAUUGGUUUUGUCAAAUGGGAGCCUUCUGCGUGCUGUAGUGUUCCCUACAGUUCUUGGGAAAUGCAGUAUUUUAUUUUUUUUGGCAUAGUUUGACCAUACUUACCUUUCAGCAUAUUGUAUCUCAAGUGAUUUAAGAGGAAACUAGACUUCUGCACCACCUCUGGACUGCGUUUUUAGGCUUUGGAAAUCUGGCUUGUGACAGGAGUGUUAACCAUUCAUUCAACAACCACAUGGUCAGAACCCCAAGUCUUCACCAGGACGCUCUUAGAGUUGUUAAAUUGAAUGCCUGUUUGAUCAACACUGUCUAACAAAAUGCAGCGCCACAGGUGGUUUUGAGAUGCCAUAAUAAAGGCAGUAAAUGCAUCAUUUGUUUUGAUCAGAUUUGUUGAUCUUUCUUGUAUACUGAAGUAUUUUUGUGUCCAAUUACAUCCACGAGUCGGUUACAACAUAAAGUCCAAUGGCAGGAUAAAAAUCUUUCAUACAAACUUGUUUUUUUUAUUUGAAGUUUAAUAAAAAAUGUAAGUCUUUCUUCAUGCUUCCA